GGAGGAGCCGCUGCUGCUGCUGCCGCCGCCUCUUCUCCGUCGCCGAGCCAGCCUCCGCCUCGGUCGGCACCCUCGCCACUCUCCUCCUCCUCCUCCUCUGGACCACCGCGGCGGGAGCGAGGAGGGGCCGGCCGACCAUGCGGUGGACGCGGAGCCCUGUGAGGCCCUGGCGGCUUCCCCGGCGCUCGCUGGUGGCCGCCUUGUUCCUCUUCUCCCUCUCCUCCUCCUUCCUCUACUUCGUCUAUGUGGCGCCCGGCAUCGUGAACACCUACCUCUUCAUGAUGCAAGCUCAAGGCAUCAUGAUACGUGAAAACAUGAGAACAAUAGGAGCUCAGGUUUAUGAACAGGUGGUCCGCAGUGCCUAUGCCAAGAGGAACAGCAGUGGGAAUGACUCAGAUUAUCCUCUUGAUUUGAACCACAAUGAAACCUUUCUGCAAACCACAACUUUUCUUCCUGAAGAUUUUACCUACUUUCCAAACCAUACGUGUCCUGAAAGACUCCCUUCUAUGAAGGGCCCUAUUGAUGUAAAUAUGAGUGAAAUCAGUAUGGAAGAGAUCCACCAGCUCUUCUCUCAAGAUCCUACAAUCAAACUAGGAGGCCACUGGAAACCUAAAGACUGUUUGCCCCGUUGGAAGGUGGCAAUCCUUAUUCCAUUCCGUAAUCGUUACGAACAUCUGCCAGUACUCUUUAGACAUCUUAUUCCAAUGUUACAACAACAGCGUUUACAAUUUGCAUUUUAUGUUAUUGAACAAGCUGGUAACCAACCUUUUAACCGUGCCAUGCUCUUCAAUGUUGGUUUUCGGGAAGCAAUGAAGGAUUUGGACUGGGAUUGUGUGAUCUUUCAUGAUGUGGACCAUAUACCUGAAAAUGACCGUAACUAUUAUGGAUGUGGGCAGAUGCCAAGACAUUUUGCAGCAAAGCUGGAUAAAUAUAUGUAUCUCCUUCCUUACAACGAGUUCUUUGGAGGAGUGAGUGGCUUAACAGUGCAACAGUUCAAAAAAAUCAAUGGUUUUCCUAAUGCCUUUUGGGGCUGGGGCGGAGAGGAUGAUGACCUUUGGAACAGGGUGCACUAUGCAGGUUACUUGGUGACUCGCCCCGAAGGAGAUACUGGGAAAUACAAGUCAAUUCCUCAUCACCAUAGAGGUGAAGUGCAGUUCUUAGGAAGGUAUGCACUACUGAGGAAGUCCAAAGAGAGGCAAGAAUUGGAUGGCCUCAAUAACUUGAACUACUUUCCAAAUAUUACAUAUGACGCCUUGUAUAAAAACAUUACUGUCAACCUGACACCAGAGCUGGCUCUGGUAAAUGAAUACUAAGAGAGCAUGAGAAGAGGAAAACAUGUGGAAAGAUUGUUUUGUAAAUGUCUUCUGGACAAAAAAAAUCUUGUGUCUAAUGAAGGAUCACAGUAUUUUGAAGAAUAAUACUCAAAAGCACGCACACAGAUUGACGGACUAUAGAGCCAUUCAGACUGUGCAGCGAGCUCGGACUUCACUUGCUCUUUGAUUUCUUUUUUAAAACAAAGAUGGUGUGACCUGCUGCUUCUGUCCCAGCAUUUCAUCUCCCUAAACAACACCAAACUGUGAUCAAAUGUGCUGUUCUGCUCAUAAAACCAGUUUGGCUGAAAAGGACGGUCUGUGCUUCUUGACUUUAGAUGCUGGAAGGUAUCCUGUAGGCAAUGACCCGAAUGGGAGAUGAACUCCUGUCUAACAAUGAUAUCAUUCUCUACAUUUGUGUUUGUAUUGGUUUUUUAAUUGACCUGCUUGAAGAAGAAAAUAUAUAUACAACAAGAAUCGCUUCUUAAAGAAGUGUAGGUGUAAAUAAGCUGUAUAAAUUGCUUUCCUUUCUUUUCUUUUUAAAAAAAUUCUUUUACAAUUCAAAACUGAAGUGGAAGGUUUACAACUUUAAGAUAACUCAAGCAAGCCUCCGCCAGUACAAGCACCUCAGUCCAUCAUGAUGACACUCAUGUGAGUAAUUCUCUUCAGGACUACUUCCCUGGUUGUUAGCAGGAUUGCGACCUUGUCAGUACGUUGUAAAACUUAACAAAUGGAAGCCAUAGCAGUGCUUUUGAGGGGAGAUUCCCCUUUUGGAAGUAGGGAUUCCAUUCACUAAAAACUAAGACUAAUUUUAGACAUUUGAAAUCCAUAUAGCCUUUCUAAUUCUCUUUCCAUCACAUUCUGCCAUAUAUUCCCUAAUGAUAAUUAUAGAUCAAAGUGAAUGCCUUCCACCUAGCUUCACCUUCAUGAAGGACAGAUUCUCCAGAAAAUUUUCAAAGUCUCCACUCUGUCCUCUUUGCUUCAUGAUGUACAUUUGAUCUAAGUUUGCAAAUUAUUCAGCUUGUCUUUGGAAAAAGUCUCCAAUAAUUCCUGCAGCUUAACUGUUGAGAGGGGGGAAGGUUAUGAAUAGUAUUUUGAUAUAUUUAUUGUGUAAAUGAAACUAUAAGUUAAAAUGAUAGGUUAGAGCUCUUGGUUAUUAUUGUUAACCAGAGAAAAGUUGCACAAAUACAGAUACUGGGAUAAAAUAUAUCCAGAAUCCAAAUCAUAAUUAAAAGAAUGAAGGGCAUUGAGAUUAGCUAAUGAAAAAAAUGUGAGUAUAGGACAGAAGUGCUUGGUCCAUAUCCUCCAUCCAGUUUCAGAGAUCCAGAUCUUGUUUGAAACUGUCAUCUUAGAUGUGUGCCUUUUUGUUCAAUUUGUUUGGUUUUCCUGGUUUUAAACCAAUCAAUUUUAUACAGUAUGUACAAACUUUUUUUUUUGCUAGGGCCUGUAACUCUGGUAAAUGUCUGUUUGGAUUGCUCUUUAAUAUAUAUUUAUAGACACAGAUUGUGAGUACUUAAUGUGAGGAGUACUUUAAUUUCUUUUCUUGCAUUGUUGCCUUCAGUUUCUGUAAAUUACAUAGUUUACACUUAGUUUUCUGGGUUCAGUGGAUGUAUGACCCCCCAUAUACAUCUGUUGUGGGUGUGACUAGCCAGGCCUAUUGUGUCUCAAAGGAGUUAUGGACGUGUGCGUGUGCCGUGUGUGUUUGAGUGUGUGUGUGUGUGUGUGUGUGUGUGUGUGUGUGUGUGUGUGUCUUAUCAGCCCAUAUGAAAGGGCAGCAAGUCUGCUCUUGAGAAUGCUGGUAAGCAUGCUUUAAAAUACUUCAUAAGGGAACCCUUCAUGGCUGCUGCAGAGGUAAGAGUUUGUGUCUUUUUUGUUUUUUAAUGGCACAUGUAGCAAUAAAGACUUCUAAAUUUUGUUCUUUUUUCAUAUGUGGAAACACACACCAAUUGCUUUCUCAUUCCUUCUUAACCCUGGAACACUGGUAGGAACCAGUGCUUUUUAUUUAAUGGUGCUUCAGGUGAAGAAUGUAUUUCAAACUAUCUGAAUUCACCAUCACAUGUAUAUAUAUCCAAACAUAUAUUGGGCUGUAUGGCAGUUCAGAUUCUCAGGCUUUCAAGAUAGGUGGCCAUCCCUCUACUAUGCCCUUUCUUCUUAAUUGAGAAAAGGAAUUACCUCUGCUCAGAAAUGCACUUGUUAAAAGAUUGACAUGAAGGGUCCAUUUCACUUCUUAAUCAAUGGCUUUUGGUUUAUUUUGCUUUUUCCAAUCACGUUUUCUGUCCCUCUUGAAAAAUACAAAAUAUCUUUAAAAUGUGCACUGUUAACUCUUAUCAGCUAAGUCAAAUACUGUAUAGCAAAUGUAAUUGUUGAAAACAUAACUGUCAAGCGCAUGUGAUGUUAUGGUGUUUUUUAAAAAAAAUCAUUUUAAAAAACUACAUGGCAGCUGAAACUUCAACAAGGCCACUGCUCCACAUCUCCAUCAGCACUGUCAGCUAACACUGCUAAGGGGCAGAACACUAUGAUAAAAUGCAUAUGUUUUCGUAUGAACCAUGUGGGUCUUUAUUUGCUAAAACAUUUGUUUUAAAAUCCACUACUUUUUGUAAAAGUUCCUUCUUGAAUUAUUUUACCAGCUGAGCAACCGCCAUGCAUUUCCAAACGCCUACUGUCAAAGAUACCAUUAAAUCAUAUGUAACUUUCACUUUUUUGUUAUGAGCUUGCUCUUAUGUUUUCUAUGAGGUGCCAGGGGUACAUUUUUGCACUGAAAUCAGGUGUUUUAAAACACAUACAAUUUUCAGCAAAGCAAUCCUUUGUGUCAUUACAUUUAUUUACCCAUGUGUUUGUACAUUUUUGUAUUUGUUAAUUUAUGAAUGAUUUUUUUCAGUAAAAAGAGUACAUAUUCAAGAAUCAG